CAUAGAUUUAGUGGAGAAGUCAAAUGAAUCGAUGCCAGCGAUCGUUACGAUGAGAAACAUGUAUAAGUCAUGCAUGAAUUUAUCCGCCAUAGAGUCGUACGGCGCGGACCCACUCCGGGAGGCUUUGGACUCGUUGGGCGGGUGGCCGGUGUUGGUGGGGGACAAGUGGGACAACAGUACGUUUGAUUGGAUAGCAGUGAGCGGACAGAUCAGGCGCCUGGGCUUCCGGACCGAUAUGUUUGUUCAAUUCAAAGUUAUUGCCGAUGUGUUGAACAAUACAAAGAAAGUGCUGUUUUUAGAUGAGGCGACCCUGGGCCUCAGGCGCCAAAUUAUUACCCUGGGUCCAAACAACUCGAUCGUUCAGGUUUACCAUCAGCUAAUGGUGGACACGGCUAUGCUGUUGGGCGCCGACAAUAAGACCCGGGUUAAGGAGGAGAUGUGGGAUGUGAUUCAGAUGGAGACCCAAAUUGCACAGGCUACACAUGAUCCGGCACAGGGCGAGAAAAAACAAUCCUGGUAUUUGCAUCUGAAAGCGUUUGCUGAUGUGGCCAAUCAAUCGGAAGUGUUGGCCAGUAAUCAGACACGUAUGGGCCACGACUGGAUCCGUUUGGCCAACGCUAUUGUACAGUUGCCCGAUAACAUCACCGCCAGGGAACUGGUCAUGGUAGACAAUUUGAACUACAUGGGCUACAUUGAUCACCUGAUCAGCGUGUACAAUCAGCAUGAUAAACGAUUACUGGCCAACUAUAUGAUGUGGCGACUGGCCCUCCAGGCUUUGAGCACCGGUAGCAAAGAAAUGCGAGACAUGAGGGACAAUUUGCACCGACACCUGUACGGUAUCACCGAGAAAAUAGCCAGGUGGAAAACGUGCCUGUCCCAACUCACCGGGAGCUUAUCAAUGGCACUGUCUUCACUGUAUAUCAAACACUAUUUUAAUAGUACACUAAAGGGAAAGGCGAGUGAAAUGGUAACCAACCUGAGGGCCGAGUUUGACGACAUACUACAUAAAAAUGAUUGGAUGGACAGCGAGACUAAGCUGAAUGCGUUCAGAAAGAGCCAGAUGAUGAAGGCCGUGGUCGGUUACCCGCAUCAAUUGGCCAACGAUACGCUGGUCAACGGGCAUUACAAGACGCUAAAUUUGACGGACAAUAACUUUGACUUAAAUAUACGACGGCUCCGGAAUUGGGCACAAAGACGGGAGUUUGAAAAACUACGCGAAGUAAACGACCCGCAAGACUGGCGCAAUUUUGCCAACUCGGCCAACGUGAACGCGUUUUACUGGUCUCAGGCCAACGCCAUUGUCAUACCGGCCGGUAUACUACGGGACGUGUUUUUUGACAACGAUCGGCCACAGUAUAUGAACUUCGGCACAAUUGGCUAUAUUAUUGGCCACGAAAUCACCCACGCGUUCGAUAACAUUGGCGCCCAAUUCGAUGAAAUCGGUAAUGCCAGAAAUUGGUGGAAAAACGAGACCAGGCUGCAUUACAAUUCAAAGGCACAGUGCAUGGUGAAACAGUAUAGCGGUUUCACGUUGACCAACGGGCUGAAAAUCAACGGCGAUCUGACCCUCAAAGAAAAUAUCGCCGACAACGGGGCGCUUAAGGAGGCUUACAAUGCCUAUGAAAAGUACACCGAGAAGUUUGGCCACGAGCUACAGCUGCCUGGUCUUAAAUACACGCCUCGACAACUGUUUUGGAUCAGCGCCGCUAUGAAUUGGUGCAGCAAAUCGUCACCGGAAAUGUUCAAAACCCGAUUGGAUACCGACACCCAUAGCCCAUCGCAGGCCCGAGUGAACGUGGCCCUGAGCAAUUUCAAAGAGUUUUCCCAGAGCUUUAGCUGCAAACCGGGCACCGAUAUGAACCCCAACCCGAAAAAACGCUGCACUGUCUGGUAGUGCGAGUGUGAGUGAGUCCGAGUGCCCGAUGGC